AUGCUUGAAUCAAAUGGAAAAAAACAAAUCAAAACCAGUUUCAAAGUUAUCCAGUCAAUUGGUCAACUUUACACUGGCGGGAAAGCAUGUAUAACAUCUGACGAGAAUGCUUUAAUAACAACUGUUGGAGAAGAUAUUGAUGUUAUUAAUAUUUAUGACGGACAAAAAUUGUUUAGACUAAGUGGUGAUAGUGAUCUUAUCACUACCUUUGGCAUAACUCCUGAUGACAAAUUAUUAGUUAGUGCUAGUAGAAGUUUAUUAGUGAAAAUUUGGGAUUUAAAAACUGGAAAACUUUUAAGAACUUUUAGA